AUGGAGAAGGGAUGGGCUAUUGCAAUGCGGUGCUCAGAACAAAGACUGCAGAGAAUAUACGAAUGGACAGAUGCGGAGCUCAAUACUGCUGUCAAAGAAGGAAUGGUGAUGCUGGAGACAGUGUGCGUGUUUGUGCACGGAUGUAUCAAAUCAGGACAAUACAAACUGCCCGCUGAUUUUUGGAAGAUUCUACAUGCUGAGUAUGGAAUCAUCGUUUAUCCGUCGGCCUUGACAGAGAAUGUUGCUGCCGUGGGCGUGGGAGCGUCCCAGACCUUCUCGGAGGUGUACAGCAGCCAUAUUGUCAUGCUUGGAAGGCGAGAUACAAACCAUCCACCACUUUGCCCCUUUGAGUAUAUAAAGGAGCCGUUGCCGGUAUACGAGAAGUGA